AUAACUAUUUAUAGGUAUAAUGAUACGACAUCAAGUUUCAUUCAUUUUGAUUUGCUUGCUUUUCCACCUGUCAUCAUGUCAAGAAGAUGUAGCAAUUGGAGAGGGAUUAGUGACGAUAGAGGCAUCAUGUGACAUGACCAUCAGCUCAUGUACUUCACCUCCCUGCCGAUUUGUUUGUCCGAAAGAUUGCAUCGCAACCAACUUCACCGGGGAUUACACAGAGGAGAGCGCACCUUGCAGAGACGCACAAAGCUUAUUCUCUGCCAAUAACGCUGUUGAUAUGUUUAAAGAUGGGAAUGGGACGUAUUCUCUGAUAUCCAGUGUGCAUACGGCCAGCGUUGGACGAAGAAAUUCAGAGCCAUUUUGUACAGGAGACCUUAGUCUCGCUAACGAUGCCUCCAUCUGUAUCGUAACCUGUUCUCUGCCUGACUACGAAUGUCCACGUCAGUUCAAACAACGUUGUGCCUGCCCGUGGAGUAAGCCUAUACUAAAGGAUAUAAAUAAAGGAAUAUGUGUGAGAAGUAUACGGGAUUGUCCUCCGUAUAACACGUAUAUUCUACCUAAAAACGGUCUAUCAGAAUUUAACUUUACGAAACAGCCGGAAGACUUGAUCAAGAAGCGGGGAGAUAAGAUAAGGAUGCAAUGUACUGUUAACGGUAACACCAACUAUCAGUAUUUCUGGUACAAGUCCCAGACUCUCGUCAUGGGCUCUCAUUCUAUCAGCAGAUCCAUAGACGGAUUCCUACAACAGACGGGUAACCCCUACUACGACAUCAACUCUGUACAACCAUCAGAUUCAGGAUAUUAUCACUGUGUGGUGAGGACAGGAGAUACAGUGGCGGGUAUGAGGGAUCCUAAAUAUGGAUCCAGAGACGCCAAGUACUCCAUUAUCUCCAAUAUUGGAUAUCUAAAGGUAGCAUAUCUGGAUACACCAAAUCUAGGUGACACUGUUACCAUAGUGACACAAAAAGAGACCCUAAAAACAGUGCUGCCUUGUGACCUCCCCAAGAGUGAACCUCCUGUAGAGGCUGUCUGGUACAAGGGAGACAAAGUCGUUAACGAUAAACGAAUGUUCGUCGUACCUCAGGCUCAAAAAGCUGGUGACAAAGCGAAGCGGGGCUCCCUCUACAUCAUCAUGGCAGAAACGGGAGAUGCUGGUGUAUACACCUGUAAAGCAACAUACGGAGGCGAGACUUUCGAGGUCGCUAAAGUAAACCUCGAAGUAACGGGAAUGAUAGGACAGCCGAUCAGUGACCCGGAGAUAGUGGUCCAGGUAGCAGGUCGAGCUCGGGUCGGACAGACAGCAACUUUCUUCUGUGCAGGAGUCGGUAACCCUGUACCUACUGUCUCCUGGAGCAAGGAGGACGGCACGAGAAUUGUUGAAAGUGAUACGGUGGGGCUGUCAAACUUUAACAGAAAGCUCACCAUCGCAAACGUUCGGCCAGAGAUGACACGAGAUUUCGCUUGCACUGUUCGAUCAGAGAACAGCAUGAACUCAAGGAAGACCAUCCUUUACCUUUCUAUCAUGCCCUCGUCCUACCAGAUCAACUUCCAGGAGACCCCCUCCUCCCAGAUCAUAAGACCUAAUGUGUACACCAACUUUACCAUGCGGUGUGCCAUAACCGUGGACCCUGUUAUUGAAGCGCCGGUUAUGUACUGGAUCAAGAACGGAGCCUCGCUGGACAUGAAGCCUCCCAGCAGAAUAAGAACUGAAACUACAGAAAGAAGUGUGGGUAAAGUGACCAUCAGAACGAGUAAACUAAUCUUCGACACCCCAAAUGAAAGUGACAAAGGUGUGUACCAAUGUAUAGUGGAGAACAAAGAACAGAUGCGGCAGGCUACUGCGUACGUUGACGUGGAAAAAGGGAUGUCUUAUGAUGUGUACUAUCCUCAAGAAUAUAAUGUCAUUACUAAUAAGAUGAAGAUAGAUGAAGCGUUCGAGCACUGUACUAAAUGGAAACCGAAAGGGAAUCUCGUCACUAUCACAAACAAAAACGAAAGUGAAACUGUUUUCCGGUUGCUUGUAGAAGCUGGACUUACCAAAGCUUGGAUAGGGUUAACAAGUGAAACUCCGCUACGGCAGGCUGGUAUUUGGAAAUGGCAGGCUGGUGAUCAUGUAACAGAUGAUUUUAGUUAUUGGUAUUCAGGAAAUCCUGAUAACGCGUUAGGAAACGAAUCUUAUGCAAUAAUGGACGUAUCCCGAGCAGGCCAUUGGUUGGAUGUCAACAACGACCAAACAUACGCAUUUGUGUGCAGUAGAUACACUGCUAAGUGUCCUUCAGUCGCCAAGUUCUUUAACAAUUCAGCUAAGCCAGUAUCAGGAAGCUUGGGACCAGCAGGUGGGGCUGAGCAGGAGUACGAUGUGGGCAAAGUGAUCGAGGUCACAUGUGUUGACGACGCAAGAAGCAACGUUCAGCUGAAGGUGACGUGCCAACCUAACGGCAUGUUCUCUCCCUCUUCCGUUCCCUGCCCCGUCAGGUCACGAGCUCAUCACGUGACGGGAAUUAGUCACGUGAUCGUGGGACUUUCCUUGUUUUUAUUGUACCGGUGAGGUAGUGAGAUAUUGAUUAUAGGGAUAGUUGGAGAGUUUGUUUGUUGUUUAAGAUGAGUUGAAGGAAUGGUGAAGAUAUGGGACCGAUUGUGUUUGAAGAAGAAAUUAACACUGACAAAUGACACUCAGAAUGUUGAUUUUUGAUCAAAAUUGAUUCCUUGAGGACAUUGUUGGAUAAUACCUAUUUAUUGCUUAAAUAAUUUCGAUAAUGAUGCUAAAUUGAAUUUUAUCUAAUAGUAAUAUUAAUUUAUUUUUGUCAACUGUAAGAUAGCAUUAGCAUAACUGUUGUUAAAUAUUGUGAGUGAUUUAUUAAAGAACAGUUUUAUAGCCCUCAGUCCAAUGAUUUCCAGAGAGGGUCAUUGAUCGAUCGCCGAUCAUAUUCCUAAAUAUUCGUUUAAUUGGAAUUUUAUGUUAAAUAGCACUAUGCUAAAACUAAAAACAUGAAUUACUAUCAGCCCUGAUUCCAACCACUCUCUUUCAUUUCGCGUGAUAAAAUUCGAAUAAUAUUUUCGGUUGGCAUGAUUAGGGCAGACGAUAUUCUGAUUGAAUAAACUUGCUGUAUUUCUUUAUAUGUUGUUACUUAAAGUUAAAAGCCGUUUUAAGACAAAACUAGUUCAAGUAUACGAUUAAUAGUUUAAUUGAUCGUAACUCAAAUGGACGUCCUACAAAUUUGUUAAAUAAGUGGAUGUGUUCCAAAUAUCUACAUUUAUUUGUUGAUCAAAUGAACGGCCCUAAUAUUUUUAUAUCAGUAUCAUUCAAGAAUAUUAACGAUUCAAAUAUUUAGUUUUCACAUUAUUUUGGGUGUUCUGGUAAACAGGAUUGUUAGUGCAAUCCUUAAUUUGAUUUUAGUUGUAGCUAAAAUUGAGUUUAAGGAUUGUUAGGUUACCCGAAUUAGUGCUCAUCACCAGUCACUAUACUAGUAGAAAUGUUAAACUGAAUUGGUUUCAAAUUUGCAUAAAUCAUACAGUUAAGGCGUGUUUUAUGUUUGAGAUUGUUAUUCAACGUUUACAGAAAUGAUCGCUUAUGGAAGAUAAAAACCAAACCAGUUUUCAUUUACGACUAGUUGCUUUCUAUAAGUAUAACGGAUGAGUACACAUCUGGGCUAGAUUAUAGAUUAAUGAUAAAACUAAACAUUCUAUCAAAAAAUCACUACCUCUGCAGCGUACACGUUCCUAUUAUGUUGUUUGUUAAUAUUUUUUCGCAAUUUCCAAGUGCAAUGUAUUUAAAUGAUAAAGUUAAGAUUAAAAUAAAAUGUUCAAUUAAUGUUAAUUUCUAAUAAAUAUUUUAAUUUUAUCC